GGCGAAGGAAAAUAACUAAUCCCAUCCUGUGGGAUAGGGUUAUCGCCUUCUCGCUCGGUGACAUGCUGGCUCGUAAGAUUGGCCUGAAUACCGGAGGAGAGGCGCGUAAGUGGAGAAGGGGGAGAACAGUCAGUCAGUCGCACAGACCAGCCUCGUUCCUGAUAGCAACCGGCACAGCGGUCGUUACCUGUCGAGGUGGUGGUAGCGCGGAACAGCAGGUGGGGAGCAGAACACCUGGAUGACUUCCUGCCAGAGAGUAAGCGCCUCAGUCCUCAGGAAAGAACGCCCGACAUCGGUACGAAAGUUUCGAGAGUCGCCGUAGUACCGUCCACGAGUACUGUCAGUGGGCACACGAGCAGGGUCCACAUUGCCGCUCUAACCCUCGCACGAACGUAUCUGGGGAAGGCACCUGGGGUUCGCGUUCAGUGUUCCGAAAGAGAGGAAAAAAAGAUUCGCUCGCCGAAAUGACGUUUUUCCCGAAGAAGUGCAUUCGGUGAAUUCUCGCGGGACCGACGGAGUGCGCUUUUUGCGAGCGUAUUAUUAUCCCGAAUCGAAGUGGUAACCGAACUACUCAGAGUUUUUCUACAAACUGUCUCGACGUACUGAGGGGACGUUCGGAGUUCACGUGGAAAAUCGUACUCGUCGAGGAGAUGGAACGCAAAAUCGCGACAUUUUUCUUCCUUUGCAUUGCUCUGGUCGUCAAAGGCACCAAUGGCGCCGGAUGUGGUUAUCCAGGCGCACCGGCGCACAGCAGCGUUCGUUUCACCGGCACAGACAUCGAUGACGUGAUAGACGAGGAGGAUGCCCUGCUUAAGGACACCGCGUUACCGGAGGGCACUGUAGCCACGUAUUCCUGCGAACGAGGAUUCGAGCUGCUCGGACCGACGAGAAGGGAAUGCCAGGCCGACGGCACGUGGACGCCGGAAGGCGUGCCCUUCUGCGUUCUGAACGUGGCCGGCGGCAAAGCACCGAUGCAGUCCAGCAGUAUGGACGGCGGAAUUCCGCAACGCGCCGUCGACGGAAGCAGCGGCCAGAUUUACACGCCGCAAACCUGCACCUUGACGAGGCUCGAGCACAAGCCGUGGUGGUACGUAAACCUGCUGGAGCCGUACAUGGUGCAGCUGGUGCGUCUGGACUUCGGCAAACCGUGUUGCGUUAAUGGCAGCUCCGGCACCAUCGUCGUUCGCGUUGGUAACAAUCGGCCGGACUUGGGAAUGAAUCCCAUUUGCAAUCGGUUCUCCGGAACUCUGGAGGAAGGGCAGUCCCUCUUCCUGCCUUGCAACCCGCCGAUGCCGGGAGCUUUCGUCUCGGUGCACCUCGAGGCGACAGUAUCCGCCGAUAUUCCCGUGCAGCUGUCCUUGUGCGAGGCGUUCGUCUAUACCGAUCAAGCUCUGCCGAUCGAGAGGUGUCCUCAAUUUCGGGAUCAGCCGCCAGGAUCUACGGCGACCUACAACGGCAAGUGCUACAUAUUUUACAAUCACCAGCCGUUGAUGUUUGGCGAGGCUCUGAACUUCUGCCGCAAGCGAGACGGCACGCUCGUGGACGAAAGUAAUCCCGCUCUGCAGGGAUUCGUUUCGUGGGAGCUGUGGAGGCGGCAUAGGAGCGACACAUCCAGUCAGUAUUGGAUGGGCGCGGUUAGGGAUGAGAAAGAUCCGACGUUGUGGAGGUGGACCGGAAGUGGUGAGGAGGUGUCCGUCUCGUUCUGGAGCACGCCGCAAGGCAUCGAAAACAAUUGCGCUCGGUACGACGGCAACAAAGGCUGGCUUUGGUCGGCUACACCUUGCGUAGCCCGGCUUAAUUUCAUCUGUCAGCAUCAACCACGGGCCUGCGGCAGACCCGAGCAGCCGCCGAAUUCCACGAUGAUAGUGUCCACUGGCCCGUCCACCAGGAUUUCCAGUGGCGUGUACGAAGUCGGAGCGGCGGUGGAGUACAGUUGUAACGCGGGCAGCCUUCUGAUCGGGCCGGCGACUCGCACUUGCCUCGACACCGGUUUCUACAACGAGUUUCCGCCGGUGUGCAAAAGUAUUGAGUGCGGCUAUCCCGCGAGCAUAGAACACGGUGGCUACACGCUCAUCAAUAACACCGUCAGUUACCUCAGCCAAGUGCUUUACUCCUGCGAAGAGGGAUACGAGAUGACCGGUCGCGCCCGGUUGACCUGCGACAUCGACGAACGUUGGAACGGUCCGCCGCCGCGAUGCGAGCCGGUUCGCUGCGAUCCACCGGCCACGGUCGCGCACAGUUCCAUCCGAAUAGACGAUGGCAACAAAGGCAAAAAUGUUCCGGCACGGAAUAACUUCAAUCAAAGUCUGCUGGUCGGCAGUAUCGUCACUUACACGUGCGACAAAGGCUAUCAGCUCGAUGGUGUCCGGCAAAUACUCUGUUUAGCUACUGGAUUGUACGAUCACGUCCCACCCACUUGCACAGAACAACGAACAAGCGUUCCUACGCGACCAACAGUGCGUCCAUCGACUCAGAAAAUUCGGCCGUACCUCACCCCGAGAAUCAGGACCACAACGAGCACGUCGACGGUCAGCACUAGCACCUCGCUGCCGCCGAAGAACGUGGGCAACACUGCGGAAUUGCCCGCAACGGUGAGAGAGACCGUCUCGAGGAGGCCGAGCAUCGGGCUAAACAAACACGCGCCGUCUUCGUCGGUGGCGAACGAUGCCGGCAGCGAUCAUCCGCAGGACAACGAGAUAUCCGGAAGCGGCGUGGAUCACGCUCAGGCGGGAAUCAAUGCGGCUGUGCCGGAACCGUCCGGUCCCUUCCGAGUGGAUAGCGCCGAGCUGCCUAGCGGCGCCCAUCAAGCCAAGCUGAAUCUGGGCGCCGUGAUCGCCCUAGGAGUGUUCGGCGGCUUUGUGUUCCUCGCCGCGGUGAUCACGACGGUCGUUAUACUGAUACGCAGAAACCGCGGAAGAAGCAGCAAGCAUUACCGUCAUCGUGCGUCGCCCGACUGCAACACCGUCGCCAGUUUCGACAGCAGUUCCUCGGAGAGCCGAGGAGGUCUGAAUCGCUACUACCGCCAAGCCUGGGAGAAUCUGCACGAGACCGCCGGCCACAAGGCCAAUCAUCCGCCGCUCCGUCGCAAGGAGACCCUGGAUGAACCAGGAUACCGAGAGAACUUCCGCGGUAACAACACCGAACGCGACGGCUCGGAAUUGGUCGUCAGCGACGUCGCCGCUUAUCCGUCCAACAAGCACGCCAGCAUCUCCGACAAGAAGCGCCAUCAUCACCAUCAUCAUCAUCAUCACGGAAGCGCGACGCCCGAUUGGAGACAGUCGCAAUCCCAUCAUAGAUACUAAAGCGAUAUUAAACGCAAGAUAGAACUGUAAAACGGGCGAAAGAAAAUUUUAUCAUUGAAACGUACGCGCUACAUCAUCAUCUGCACUCGCGGACGAUGAUUUGUAGGAAAUGUGCAGAGAGUCCAUAGCGGAUGUUCGCAAUAUAUAUACUGUCGUCGCGGGUUUAAAGAUCUUCCUUAAACGAGGGAGCACAGCGAAACUUCCACUAAGUACCUAGGUAAAGAUAUCGAGAACGGGAGUAGCCGAAAUAGAUCCUGCAUAUAUUGUUCUGUUAUGUCAUAAAUUAUUUAUCGUCAGUCUGUUACAAAAUGUAAAUAUUAUAUAUGCUAUAGUUUAAAAGUAAGAUGGAUCGUCGCUCGCGUGAAUGGAUUGUUGUAAGGAGAAUAGUAGGAGCUGGUCAGAGGAUAUGCCAAAAAAGCAAAAGAAGUAAUAUCUAAAUAACGAUCAAACAGAAACAUUAACAUAAUUCUUAAAGAUAGGUUACUGUAAGAUUUGGGGGUUUAUGUAACUUUUUACACGUUCGAAAACAAUUGUCUACGGAGAUAUUGAAACGACAAAAUUUUGUAUCCGUUAUGGGUACCUUGGCCUCGCUUUAAAAGGAUUACUAUGUUUCCAGGAAAACAGGAUACUGCAUAUAGGCAUCAUUAAGGAAAGGCCGAUGUUAUCCAUUUAAAAGUGAAAAAAAAUAUCGCGCUUCGCGGUGCGCAAAUAAACGAGAAUAUAAAGGCGAACAAACUUCAUGAAGAUCAAUAUAUGAUUGCCUUGUGGAUUGCUAUGUUAUAUAUUUUCAAUAUAUACUUUUAUCGAAUUUGUAUUAUAAAUAUGUAACGCUAGUUCGAUUAUUACUUGUCGAACGUUUCUAUCAACCUCAUUGGAAUUAAUAUCUAAUUAAGAAAUAAUGCAAUUUUUUUUUGCAAUCGCAAUAUUUUUAUUUAUUGAUUGAAUUAAAUGUACAUUAACUUUGUAUAUGUAUUUCCGUGAUUCUAUUUAUCGCAAUUAAUUAAAUUAAAUUAAUUAAUGAUAGUGCCAUUUGGGGCAAACUUGUUUGAUCUAUCGAACAAGCAAUUUUGUCAUUCAAACAUGGUACAUGAUGAUGGAU